AUGGCUACCGCGGAACCCGAUCCACAAGGGGCAUCUGUGGUCGCCCUCGAGAAACACACUACCCACGUCGACCAACAUGGUAAAGUCGUAUUCAAGCCCUCGCGCGAGUUCCUCCUCGCCUUCGGAGCCCUCUGCACCAUCGCCCUGGUCGUCGCCCUCGACGCCACGACCCUCUCCGUUGCCCUCCCGACCAUGUCCCUGGCCCUUGGCGGCACCGCCCUUGAGGCCUUUUGGUCCGGCACUAGCUUCCUACUAGCCAGCACCGUCCUGCAGCCCACUGUCGCCGGGCUCAGCGGCAUCUUCGGACGCAAGUCCCUCGUCUUCGCCUCGGCGCUCCUGUUCGCCGUGGGCUCGGUCAUCGGCGCCGUCGCGAACGACUUCGCCGUCGUGAUCGCGGGGCGGACGAUCCAGGGCGUCGGCGGCGGCGGGAUUAUGGCCCUCAUAGAGGUUAUCAUCACCGACCUCGUCCCGCUGGCCGUGCGAGGCCAGUGGUUCUCGCUGCUCUCGGCCGUGUGGUCCGUCGGCACCGUCACGGGGCCCCUGAUCGGCGCCGGCUUCGCGCAGGACGUUACGUGGAGGUGGAUUUUCUGGAUCAACUUACCCAUCACCGCGCUGGGUGUCGUCAUGAUCUUCUUCUUCCUCAAGCAAGUAGGCAUCCCCGGCGAGGUCAGCGUUAAGCUCAAGAAGUUCGACUGGCUCGGUAGCUUCCUCUUCACAGCGGGCUCGACGAGCUUCUUGUUCGGCAUCUCGACGGGCGGGGUCAUGUACGAGUGGUCUUCGUUCAGGUGCCUCCUGCCACUGCUCCUGGGCGCCCUAAUCAUCGUCGGGUUUGGCUUCUGGGAGCUCGAAUUCGCGAAGGAGCCACUUAUCGACAAGGGCAUUUUCAACAACUGGACCAUGGUCGCUAACUACAUCAUGACCGUAUUUCAUGGCAUGAUUCUCUGGUCUAUCCUCUAUUUCCUCGUACUUUACUAUCAAGCUGUCAAGGACUACUCCGUGGUCAUCUCCGCCGUCGCCGCCCUCCCCGAGUCCCUCACUGUUGCCCCCGCAGCCAUGGUCGUCGGCAUCAUCGCCGGAGUCACGGGCCGGUACCGCUGGUCCCUCUGGUCUGGCUGGGUCAUAACGACUCUUGGUGCCGGACUCAUGUGCCUCAUGCGGCCCUCCACCACCGUCCCCCAGUGGAUUUGGCUCAACAUACCCAUAGGCAUCGGCACGGGCAUGCUGUUCCCCGCCAUGGCGCUCUCAAUCCAGGCGGCCUGCGCACCGGCUCUCAACGGGCAGGCCGCGGCCUUCUACUCGUUUCUUCGCACGUUCGGCCAGUCGGUCGGCGUCGCCGUCUCGGGAGUCAUCUUCCAGAAUGCGUUCCGGACAAGGUUGGAGCAGAUCCCGGCGCUCGCGGACGUGGCCGAGGAGUACUCACGCGACGCGACCAUUGUAGUGGAAGUCAUCAAGAGAAUGCCGAAAGGAGACCCCAUGCGCGCUGACUUGGUAGAGGCGUACUGCGACGCGCUGCGGGCGAUUUGGAUCAGCCUGAUUGCGUUCGCGGGAUUCUGUAUGCUCAUCAGCGUUACGGUCAAGAAGUACAGCCUGGAUCAGGAGCAUGUCACUAGGCAAGGUCUCGUGACGAGUGACGACACGAGCAGGGAGGAUGUGGAGAGGGGCGAGAAGGAUGAGCGUUGA